AGGCUUUUAUUAAAGGUGUGUGUGUGUGUGUGUGUGUGAGUGAAGCAGGCGGGGAGAGAAAGUGCGUUUUUGUUGGUUGACACUGAUCAUCAUCAUCAUCAUCAUCAUCAUCAUCAUCAUCCUCAUCCUCAUCCGGCCUGCGGAGCAGCGAAGAAGAAGCCGGGAGCUGGAGUUUGAACACGGGACUCACCAUGGCGGUAAACCUAGACAAGGAAGCAUACUACCGCCGGAUCAAGAGAUUAUACGGCAACUGGAAGAAAGCAGAAGAUGAGUUUGGCAAAGUGGACGCCAUCGUGGUGUCUGUCGGAGUGGACGAGGAGAUUGUUUACGCGAAAUCCACCGCCAUACAGACUUGGCUCUUCGGCUACGAGCUGACGGACACCAUCAUGGUGUUCUGCGACACCAAAAUCAUCUUCCUCGCCAGCAAGAAGAAGGUGGACUUCCUCAAGCAGGUCGCCAUCACGAAGGGCAACGAGAACGCCAACGGAGUCCCGCCCAUCACCCUGCUCACCAGAGAAAAGAACGAAAGCAACAAAGCCAACUUCGACAAGAUGAUCGAGGCGAUCCGAGGCAGCAAAGAAGGGAAGACGGUCGGCAUCUUCAGCAAGGACAAAUUCCCCGGGGAGUACAUGAAGAGCUGGAGCGACACCAUCACCGCCGAGGGCCUGGAGAAGGUGGACAUCAGCGCUGUGGUGGCGUACACGAUGGCGGUGAAAGAGGAGGGCGAGCUGUCCCUGAUGAAGAAGGCGGCGGCCAUCACCAGCGAGGUUUACUCCAAGUUCUUCAAAGAGCGCGUGAUGGAGAUCGUCGACGCAGACGAGAAAGUGCGUCACAGCAAGCUGGCGGAGUCGGUGGAGAAGGCGAUCGAGGAGAAGAAGUACCUGGGCGGAGCGGAUCCGUCCACCGUGGAGAUGUGUUACCCUCCAAUCAUCCAGAGCGGAGGAAACUACAGCCUCAAGUUCAGCGUCGUCAGCGAUAAGAACCACAUGCACUUCGGCGCGAUCACGUGCGCCAUGGGGAUCCGCUACAAGUCGUACUGCUCCAACCUGGUGAGGACCCUCAUGGUGGACCCGCCCCAGGAGAUGCAGGACAACUACAACUUCCUGCUGCAGGUGGAGGAGGAGCUGCUCAAGGAGCUGAAGCACGGCGUCAAAAUCUCCGACGCCUACAACGCCGCCGUGGAGUACGUGAAGAAAGAGAAGUCGGAGCUCGUCGCCAAGCUGACUAAAAACCUCGGCUUCGCGAUGGGGAUCGAGUUCAGAGAAGGCUCUUUGGUUCUGAACGCCAAAAACCAGUACAAGCUGAAGAAAGGCAUGGUGUUGAGCAUCAGUUUGGGAUUCGCCGACCUCGUCAACAAAGAGGGCAAGAAAGACGAGCAGAAGAAGUACGCCUUGUUCAUCGGGGACACGAUACAGAUCAACGAGGAGGAGGCGGCGACGAUACUCACACCAGUCAAGAAGAAGAUCAAAAAUGUGGGAAUCUUCUUGAAGAACGACGACGAGGAGGACGAGGAGGAGGAAGGAGACGAUGCCGAGGAGCUGCUGGGGAAAGGGGCUCGGAGCGCCGCCCUGCUGGCAGACAGAACCAGAGUGAGUCCAGACGAGCGCAUGACGGCGGAGGAGAAGAGGCGGGCCCAUCAGAAGGACCUGGCCAACCACCUGAACAACGAAGCCAAGCGUCGACUGACGGAGCAGAAGGGGGAGCAGCAGAUCCAGAAGGCCAGAAAAUCGAACGUCUCCUACAAGAACGUCUCUCAGAUGCCUCGAGAAAAAGACAUCCGAGAGAUGAAGAUCUUCAUCGACAAGAAAUACGAGACGGUCGUCAUGCCCGUGUUUGGUAUCGCCACGCCGUUCCACAUCGCCACCAUCAAGAACAUCAGUAUGUCGGUAGAAGGAGACUACACCUACCUGAGGAUCAACUUCUACGUCCCCGGCAGCUCUCUGGGGCGACAGGAGGGAAACAUCUUCCCCAACCCCGACGCCACGUUUGUUAAAGAAAUCACAUAUCGAGCGUCCAACCUGAAGGCGCCCGGCGACCCGUCGGUGCCCUCCACCAACCUGCAGAACGCCUUCCGCAUCAUCAAGGAGGUGCAGAAGCGCUACAAGACGCGGGAGGCCGAGGAGAAGGAGAAGGAGGGCAUCGUCAAGCAGGACUCGCUGGUCAUCAACCUCAACCGCAGCAACCCCAAACUCAAAGACCUCUACAUCAGACCCAACAUCGCUCAGAAGAGGAUGCAGGGCUCGCUGGAGGCUCAUACCAACGGUUUCCGUUUCACGUCGGUACGCGGCGAUAAAGUGGACAUUCUUUACAACAAUAUCAAGCACGCCGUCUUCCAGCCGUGCGACGGGGAGAUGAUCAUCGUUCUGCACUUCCACCUAAAGAACGCCAUCAUGUUCGGAAAGCGACGCCACACGGACGUCCAGUUCUACACGGAGGUCGGCGAGAUCACCACCGACCUGGGCAAACACCAGCACAUGCACGACCGGGACGACCUGUACGCCGAGCAGAUGGAGCGCGAGAUGCGGCACAAGCUCAAGUCGGCCUUCAAGAACUUCAUCGAGAAGGUGGAGACGCUGACGAAGGAGCAGCUGGAGUUCGAGGUUCCCUUCAGAGACCUCGGGUUCCAGGGCGCCCCCUACAGGAGUACCUGUCUGCUACAACCCACAUCCAGUUCACUUGUUAAUGUCACUGAAUGGCCGCCGUUCGUGGUCACCCUGGACGAGGUGGAGCUGGUCCACUUUGAGCGCGUGCAGUUCCACCUGAAGAACUUCGACGUGGUCAUCGUCUACAAGGACUACAGCAAGAAGGUCACCAUGAUCAACGCCGUGCCCGUCAACUCCCUGGACCCCAUCAAAGAGUGGCUCAACUCCUGUGACAUCAAGUACACGGAAGGAGUCCAGUCCCUGAACUGGACCAAGAUCAUGAAGACCAUCGUGGACGAUCCGGAGGGCUUCUUCGAGCAGGGCGGCUGGUCUUUCUUGGACCCGGAGAGCGAGGGGAGCGGUGCGGAGGAGGACUCGGAGUCCGAGAUGGAAGACGAAACGUUCAACCCGUCUGCAGACGAAGAAGAGGAGGAGGAGGAAGACAGCGACGAGGACUACGACUCGGAGACGGAGGACUCUAAUUACAGCGAGUCGGUCGGCAGCGAGGAGGAGAGCGGUAAAGACUGGGACGAGCUGGAGGAAGAGGCCAGGAGAGCGGACAAAGAGAGUCAGUACGAGGACGAGGACACGUCCAACAACAAGAAGAGGAAGGUCCGGUCAGAGCCUCCGCCGCCGCCCAGCAAGAAGAAGAGACGGCACUAAAUGUCUCUCACACACACACACACACACACA